AAACACCACACGCCAUAGGAAAACAGCGGUAGGGAACGAUUCGCAAUCUUAGACGUCGGUCGAAUCGAGUUCUUUCUCACGCAGCUUGUUUGCAGGCCGCGCUUUGCAGCAUAGAAUGUCAACCGCCAACCCUCUCGUGACCUCGGCCACGGCGGCCCCUCGACCUGCGACACCGAUAGCCAAUGGAGUCGCAACCCACGCUGUGCCCGACCUAGCCGCGACGAAUUCAAAUGGCCUUCAACCCCACGAGAGCCGUCCGGCCCCGGCACCUCCCGCACCAGCGGCCGGCAAGAAGGGGAAGCAGAAAAAGGCGACCGAACCGAACGAAGCGUCCAAGCUAAUCGCAGCGAGAAUCUCGCAGCUCGAGCUAGAUGCCGCCGGCGAGAAGGACCAGGAAGCCGAAAUUGAACGGGAGGUGAAGAAGGCGAACCGGGAAUUGCACAGCCAAACGUCACGCAUGAGCGAUAUCCAGAAGAUUGACCAUCUCACCAAACGAUGUUCUGAUCUACUGUCCGAGAUGAAGCGGCAUGAGCGCGAGAGCAUCAAGAACAAGAAGCGAGGCGACCAGCUGCAGAAGGACAAGGACAACAGUCGCAACGAACUGAACAAGACGACGUCUCUGAAGGAAAAACUUGAAAAGCUUUGCCGCGAGCUCCAAAAAGAGAACAAUAAGCUAAAGAAUGAGAACAAAACGCUCUCCGACACGCAGGUUAGGAGCCAGAAUUCCUGGGAUGAAAGAUACUCGGGUAUCAUGAGACACAUGGACGACUUCCAGGAGGAGAAGGACAAUCCUCGGAAACAGGUCGUCGAUAUGGAGAUGGAUGAAUUCUUCCGCCAGCGGUUCAAAUCCUUGAUUGAGCAGUAUGAGAUCCGAGAACUGCACUUCCACUCGCAGAUGCGCACCAAGGAGCUCGAGGUCCAGUUCAACUUAGCCAAGUUCGAACGCGAGAAGAAGAACUACGACGCCGAGGUUGCCCGUUCGAGGCAGCUUAAUGCCCAGGUUCAGACAUUUUCAAAGACUGAGAACGAGCUGAGGCAGCAACUCAACGUCUACGUCGACAAGUUCAAGCAGGUGGAGGACACGCUCAAUAAUAGCAACGACCUCUUUCUCACCUUUCGCAAAGAAAUGGAGGACAUGUCCAAGAAGACAAAGCGCCUGGAGCGGGAGAACGAAAACCUCAAGAGGAAGCACGAGCAGGUGAAUGGGAACAUCCUCAAGAUGGCCGAGGAAAGGAACAAGAACCUGCACGAGAUCGAGGAUCUCAAGAAGAAGCUCGACAAGCUCAACGGCAUCAUCAAGCAGAUGCAGCAGCAGGGCCGCGGCAUCCAGCAGGGGAUGGCAACCCCGGUCGAGAACGGCUACGCCGGUGCCGAGGGGGGUCUCGAGGGGGACGAGAGCGAGUACGAGGACGAGUACGACGAGGGAGAAGAUGAGGAAGUGAGCGACGAGGGUGAUGAGUACGACGACGAGACAGAGGAUGAGCUGCACCAGCAGCAGCCUCAGCCUCAAGCGUACGGGCCCGAAAGGCCACCACCCGCGACGGCCGUCACUGCCACUGCCACUCCUACCCCCACGGUCAAUGGCCAUCAUUAGAGCUCUAUAUGGUGCAAAGAUGUAGCGACGCGCUGUGGCAUUUUUCUUGGCUCGAGGUUUGUAGACCGACCCCGGUACCCCCUUGCAGUCAGAAAGCUAUAGCAGCAAAUUGGGCCAUCGUCGUCCCCUUGUCCCAUUUUGUAUUGACCGGUAUUGCAAGUU